UAAAAUGGCUGACUUAGUUAGUGAUAACAUCAAUUUCAUCGACGAAUAAAAAUCAACUGUAAACCAAGUGAAAAUAUCAGGAAUAUUGAAAAGGAGUAUAAAAAAGGAGAGAGGAUGUCUUUGUCAAAAGUUGAGAUAGAAAAAGAAAUAUAAAAUAUAAUCACCUGAGGAAUCAUCAAAUGAAGGUGAUGGAUGGGAAGAGGAAGACAUUUAUGAUAGGAAAUCAGCUAAAAACAGCGAACGGAAAGAAUUUGUGGAUUUAGUUUAGUACGCAUCUAAACUUGAAUUCAUGAUAAAUGUAGCCAGACAAUAACUCAGAGAAUUGGAAGAAACUAUGCAACCAAAUCAUGCAUAAAUUUGAUUUGGACUUUUUAAGUUAAUUUAAAUUAAAC